UUCGUGCGGGUCGCGCCAUGGCCCGACUUCCAGCGCGUAUACAGGGCCAAGAGCACGGGCGAGGUGCAGAUCCUGCCCGUAGUCAUGCUCUUCACCAACUGCGUCGUGCUGGUCUGGUACGGCUACCUGUCCGAGGACAUCUUCCCGCUCUUCGUCACGGCGGUUAUGGGGCUGAUCACGUGCGGAGGCUUCAUUGCGGUCUUCUACCGCUACACGGACGACAAGCGCUCGGUACACCGGAUCUGCGCUGCGGCCUUGGCGGUUAUAGUGCUCGUGUGCUUCUACGGGGCCAUCGGCGUUGCAGGCGUCACGAGUCAGUCGAAAUCGUCGAUGGCGACGGCCAUGGGCGCCAUCUCCAUCGGCACCUCCAUUGGGCUGUACGGGUCUCCGCUCGCCACCAUUCAACGAGUCAUCCGCACCAAAUCCACGGCCUCGAUGCCCUUCACGCUGUGCCUGGCCAACUUCUUCAACAGCGUGUGCUGGGUCGUCUACGCCAUC